AUGGCCAGUAAUAUCCCAGCUAGUCUGAAAUCUGCCGAUAUUGGGCGAUUUGCCCUCAGAGCAGCUCAGCUCGAACGCACAAAGCCCGUCGUGGCCUACUGGUGUAACUUUUGGAUUGUCAAUCAGAUAAUUGAGCGAGGAUUACACACUUCUGAUGGCGAGGUCAAGCUGUAUACGACAGAACUAGUGGACAAGCUGGAGCAAUUCAAGAAUGAGAACCCUGACAAUGACGCCGUGACGGAUGCUGUAGCAGCCAAUGCCUACGUAGAGCAGUUUGCUCUGGAGGUUUUUGGGCGUGCUGAGGCGACGAUGAAAGCCAACAGAGUGACAAGACAAACAGCAGAUACGUUUCAAGCAGCUGCCACGUUUCUUGAAUUGUGCCAAAUCUGGAAUCCUCCGGAGGCUGAGAUGGCCGCAAAGAUCAAAUUCGCCAAGUACCACGCUGUCAGAAUUAUCAAAGCGAUCAAAGCUGGAGAGGAUCCGAAUGCGUCAAAUCCUGUGGCUAUUGAGGAAGAGGAAGAUGAAGGGGCAGACCUUGAGCCUAAAGCAGACGACCCGGAGGUGCAGGCCAUUGUUGGAACUUUGCCCACCCAGCCCAGGCAGCCGUCUGUAGAGGAUGUUGUUGAUGAUGCGGAACAAGCAUCGCAAGCACCACUUACCUUACCGGACACACCAAAUACAACGAGAGACUAUAGCUCGGGCCACCAAAGGACCAUGUCGCCUUCCGGAGUAAAGGCGGAGGAUGACACGGACCAUGGACUGGAGCUUCCAUCUGCACCGGAAACGUUUGCAUCUUUGUCAGACCCCGUGCCUGAUCUCCCGGAUACUCCAGGGAAGAGUCAUGCUCCUGCGCCUUCCGACUCAUUCCAUUCAUUCCCGCCGCCAUCUAACAUGGGUCCUGCAACUCCAUCCGUGCCCUCUCAUGACGCAAGUUAUUUCUACUCCAAGCCGUCUCCUAGCGCCGCAGUUCCUCCACCAUUCGUGCAGUCCACGUCAGGAACAGUCCCUAUCGUCGCACGCCCGGCGCACCAGAACUUCCCAAGUCCAACACCUCCAGCACCAGCACCUGCUGCUCCACUUUUGGGUUCGACGAAUGCUCAGCCGGUUGAUGAUCAAGCUAUCGCGCUUGCACAAAAGCAUGCUCGCUGGGCGGUGUCAGCACUGACAUUUGAUGAUAUCAAUACAGCAAUUAAGGAACUCAGAAAUUCAUUGCGCUAUCUGGGAGCAGAAUGA